GUCAGCAUGUUUCAUCGUGCUGCGUUGGACCAUACAACUAUCACUACUGUACAGCGUGGUACAGUACUACCUACCUACCUAGGUACCUAGGGAGGGAGGGGCCCAGGGAUUCGGCUGUCUCAUCUCAGUGUGGAUAUUCAGGCACGAAUGAUUGAGAUGCGAUGCACCGGUGUCGGCUGAUAAUCGAACUGACUUCUUUGCUUCAGGAUCUUUGCAGUCACGAACUGCUGGCGACAAAUUCUGAUAUAUUGUAGCACGAACAACAAGGGUUGCAGUGAAAAAUGAACGGUUCCUCAUUGUCAGUCAGGCCCGAGCCUUUAACCCCGAUUUGAAUGCCACGCCGGCUCAUACGAUACGCGACCAGAACAAUGCGGUGAUCACGGCGACGAAUCAUGUUCCUGGGCACUUCCAAGUUGACUACAAGUACCCAUUCAAUACUUACAGUGCUCACACAACGUUUGGCAUUAACUCACCAGGGUCCAAACCAUGAUCUCUCGAUCCCUGGACUAGUCCAUAAAUGAUUCAUUAUCAAGAUACUAUUCGUACCUACCGAUCAAUAGUAGCGGCAGUAACCAGCUUGAGGCACGAUCAAAAUAAAAGCACUUCACUCUUCUUCGUCACCAUCCGUGGACCCCGCUGACGUAAUAAUCGGCUGACUCAUGAGAGCAACUUGACGCGCUUUCGAUGGUGGAAAGGAAGUUCGGUUGGAGACCAAAGUGCCCCGCGCCAGCGAGUGAAAGUGUUGACCCACGGCAACUAACCUCGAACUCAUACACCUCAUCAAAGCUCUUUUUUCCCCCUUGUGCCAUAAUCAGCUUUGCUUUCCCCAAUCCCGGUGACUGGCCUGAGCAUACAUACAUUCUUCCAAUUUAAAGGGAAAAAACCUCAAGGCGAAACUUUUGUUUUUCCACCUCUCUCCAUUACCACAAACUACCCCUCAUUAAAAAUGUCGUGGCAAGGAUACGUUGACCAGAGCCUCGUCGGCUCGGGCCACAUCGACAAGGCGGCCAUCAUUAGUGCCGCCGGAGACAGCACUUGGGCCACAUCGGCCGACUUUACGAUCGAGCCCGCCGAGAUGACGACGAUUGCAGACAUCCUAAACAACAAAGCCGGCGCGCAGGACAAGGCACAUUCUGAUGGCAUCUACAUCGCCAAAGAACGCUACGUCGUUGCCAGGAUUGAGGAUAACACCAUCUACGCCAGACAGGGCCGAUCCGGUGUCGCCAUCGCAAAGACGGCACAGGCCAUCCUUAUCGGCUACCACAACGAGACCAAACAGGCCGGAAAUGCAUCGCAGACUGUCGGCGCCUUGGUGGACUACCUGAAGCCUCUCGGAUACUAAUCAAAUGCGCCUGGGCGAUAGAUUGGCGAUGUUUUAGUUUCAAUGGUGUCGAUAGUGGCCUCCUAGAUACUGGCCAAGAAAACAGGCCUUGAACAAAGACAGCGUCAUUGGUACAGGCUCACAAUAUCCGGGCGGUGAAACCGCCAAGACCAAGGGAAAACUUGCACCUUGUUCAGAGAGGUGAUGACAGCCGAGCGCUUAGUCGUAUUCUUGUUCAUUAUGUACUCCCAUUUUCGCGCUUGCGCUUUUCGCAUGCGAUAACGUUUUAUGCCCAGUAACUCAAUAUCUAGAGAGAUUUUCAACACAUAUUUUCCCCCAG